CGUUGGCGUAUGGCGUAUAGUCAGUUGAUUGUUUUUUGUUUUCAUUCGCGCGACUUGUAGAGUCAAGAGUGUGCUGUGUAGUAACAACGUGCGUAGACCGUAGACAUUAUAAUAUAAACUUCGCCGGGCCGCAGCCGCGUUUCCGUGCACGAACCAUCACUGGAAAACCGUAAUCUUUGAUUUUCCUCGUCGGAGUGUGCGUCUUGGUUCGUGUAGACUCGUUUCGCCUCCAAAAAAAUUAUCCUGUUCCGGUAGGUACGUUUACGUUUACAUUACAUUUGGUUUCAGACUAUUGGUUUCAAACCACCGUGUUAGCGCCGUUAUUGGGAAAAUCGAGUUGCUCACGGUUUAAUGGUCGUUUUUCCUGUGGCAUCAUCGCUGUCUUACCCCUCGUAGUCGGGCUUCCAGACUCGUGUUUGUCGUAUGUCGUUUGAUCUUCUGUGUCCAAACUCCGCCAAAGGUUCUGUUUCACCAUGGAAAACGUUUACAAGUGCCGAAUAUGCUAUCGCAUGUACCACGACAAGGAAGUCGUCAUCGAUUUAUCGUCGGAGGAGGCAAAGAAAGAACUAAUUCGCGCGAAAAUACUCAGUGCCCUAUCAAUCAUAGUCACUGAUCACGAUUCUCUAAAGUAUAUUUGUAGAAUAUGCUAUGGGCAAGUUGAAGUUAAUUUCCAAUUUGCAACUAAAUGUCGAAUAAAUAAUGCAAAAUACAUCGAAAGCUUAGAACAUUCACCAUCAAAUGAUGUAGUCAGAGCAGAAUAUAACAAAUUUAUGAAAAUACCUAUUAGUGCUUUGUUUAAUCAAUAUCAGUUAGAUGUGAAAGGCUUAUUUGAUGCAGUAACAAAUUCUUUGAAUGAUAAUAGUGAAAAUCCAAGACAUUUUGAAAAUGUUGGUAUUAAUGACCACAACAGUAUUACAACUCAAUUUGAUAUUGAAAAUGAUCAAUCUGUUGCUAAUGGAAUUCCAGAAAAUUUGCCAGUACUUGAAGUAAAUGUCCCUUCUACAAAUGAGCAUAAUAUAAACACAAAUAAUAUAAACAAUUCUACUACUUCUAGCUUACCUAGAAAAAUUAUAUUAAGCACAAUUCCUGUAAUAAGCACAAACAAUUCAAGUAAUACAAUUACUCCUGGUAGAAAUGUUUAUCGUAUCAUUACCAAUGGUACUAAUCUUGAAAAUGUGAAAAUGACAGUCUUAGAUCUGGAUUGUAAGGGUCAGAUGAUAGUUUUCUAUCCAAAUGAAAUGARAUUGAAUGUUAUCRUGCAAGAGGCACUAGUCACAUUAGGCUAUUUCUACUUCAAAGAUUUUGAAUAUUUUAUUAAGUAG